AUGAUCAAAUAAUUAGAAACCUUAAAUAUUGAUUCCUAAGCUAUUAAUUUACCUAUUUAACCAAGACAAAAUAAAUAAAUUCAAAUGAAAUUUAGAAAAAGCUUAAAAAGAUAGCUCACCUAAAUCUAAAACUUAAUGAUUUGUAACUGGACUCAAAGUAUAAAAUUAUUCUAGCAUAAAUAUUUUCCAAAUAAAAAGAUAAUUAUGUAAUUUUUAUGA